UUGGCCGACUGUCUCAACCAAAAACCCUAGACCUCUCAAGAUCUGGAUUUUCACUCCAUAUAUAUUUAAGCCGCCUCCUAAAUCCCCGGUCUCUGAGAUCUCAACGCAUACCAAACCCUAGCGCCAAGAUUUAGUGUUGAAAAUCUCGAGCACAAUGGCCACCGGUGAACUCGCCUGUACUUACGCCGCGUUGAUUCUCCAUGACGAUGGAAUCUCAAUCACCGCCGAGAAGAUUGCUACAUUGGUGAAGGCAGCGAACUUGAGCGUUGAAUCUUACUGGCCAAGCCUUUUCGCCAAGCUCCUCGAGAGAGUCAACGUCGAUGAUCUCAUCACCAGCGUUGGCUCCGGUGGUGGUGCUGCCCCUGUUGCCGUUGCUGCUGCUUCUGGUGCAGCUGGCGGUGGUGCUGCUGCGGCUGCCCCUGCUGUUGAGGAGAAAAAGGAAGAAGAGAAGGAAGAGAGUGAUGAUGACAUGGGAUUCAGCUUGUUUGACUAGACACAAUUCUUCCCAGUUCGGAUAUUUCUUUUGUUUUGUUGUUUGAAAUUGCGGAAACUUAGGACUCGUUUUAAAUAUUAGUUGAAUUUUUGUAUUGGGAUUUGAGAACUUUUGCAGAGAUUCAAGAAGUUACAUGGUUAAUCUUACUUGGUUUAAUUGAUAUUGCCAUUGAAA